AUGCUCUCCAGAACUUUCCGCGUUUCUGUCGGCCUAGUCACUGCUUUAGCUGUGGCAGUUCUUUGUAACAUUUAUUUGGUUUUUCUCUUGUGGACGGGUGGACAAAGCGGUUACCACUAUGAAUUGAUCACUCGGCCAGUUAUCUCCCAAGAGGAGGAGGUUCCAAUAAAUUCAACAAAUUCAGGCUUAAAUCUCAAUUACUUAAAAGCUAUGUUCAACUCAAGCACAAAACAUGUUCAUAAUUUAAGCAGCAGGUCAUUGACAAGUGUUAUGAACAAACUCAAAAGAGAGUUGAAGUUACGUGGAGAGAAGGCUGUAGAUAUCCUCAACCGUUCUGCAAAGUGGGUGUCACCUUCUUCGCUGAUACCCUCCUUUACUCCAGAACUGGGGGAUGUGAUAAAGUAUUUACAGACAGCUCCAGUCAUAAGAGCAUCCCUACCUCAUGUUGGAACACAACUGAAAGUCAUGCUCACACUUGAAGGAGGACAAAAGGCACUCCUCAAACCCCAAUGGUAUGAUCGCGAACAUAGGAUAGAUGGACCUGACGUUUAUUCAGGAGCUGACAGACACAACGGAGAGAUAAUUGGCUUCUACCUCAGUUUAUUACUGGACUUGAGGCGGACACCAGUUGCUGUUGGUAGGAUGAUUAACCUGACGUCAGAUAUUUUGGCGAACGCUGAUAAUGACCUCGCGGCCACCUUCUUCAGGAAUAACCAAAGCCACGCUUGUUUUUAUGGCGUUUGUAGAUAUUGCAAACCGGAAUUGAGCGUUUGUGCCGGUGAAGGUGAUCUCGUAGAGGCCGCUAUCAUCCUUUGGCUGCCAAGCAGUGCCAAGUUGAAAUCUAACCGUAGUCCAUGGCAACGAACUUACAAAAAGAAUGUUCGUGCGCAAUGGGAGACCGAUGAUAAAUUCUGUACAAGUUUGCAAAAGCAAAAUCGAAUUUUUGGUAUAGAUCCAGCCAAACGCCGGCUUUUGGAUUUAAUCGAUGCAGCCGUAUUCGACUUCCUCAUCAGUAACGGCGAUCGACAUCACUAUGAAAUAAUAGAUGGCUCCUCUGAAGCGGCAGUCCUUUUGCUGGACAACGGCAAAAGCUUUGGGCGACCGGAUUUAGAUUACAUCGACAUUCUAGCUCCGCUUUAUCAAUGUUGUGUGAUACGGAAAUCAACGUACAACAGACUGGAAAUGCUGGAAAGUGGUCCUUUGGGCACUUUAAUUGAGGAAUUGACGCUCAAGGACUCGCUGAUCGGACCUCUGCUCACGAAUGAGCACGUACAAGCGAUAAAUCGAAGACUGGGAAAAGUCAUUCAAACCAUCGAACUGUGUGCCAAAAUGAAAUCAUGGGAUGAUAUCUUAGUACCUUAUUAAAAAACGCCAAAUAUUCA